AUGGCGGAGGGCUGGCGCUGGAGCCAGGCGGGCCGGGGCCCCCCGCGGCCGAGCCCCCGCCGCGCCGUCAGCGUCUGCGAGUCGCUGGACCUGCAGGGCGUCCCCGCCGUCCAGGCCGCGCUCCGCGCCGCGCAGCACCAGCGCCGGCGGCCCAAGAGCUUCUGCGCGGCGGGGAACGGUCUGGCGGCCGCCGCACUGCUGCCCCCGCCGCCCCCCGCCCGCGGCAGCCUGCUCGAUUUCUUCCGGCGGCGCUCGCCCCGCAGGCCGGGCCCGGAGCCCGAGCCCGAGUCCGACCCUGAGCAGCCUGCCGGGCCCGACGGGGCGCAGCGCCCGAGCCCCGGCAGCGUCACCUUCCUGCCCCCAGGCCGCCCGCCGCAGCCCGCCGACAGCCCCGGCUUUCUACGGGGGGGCUCCCUGUGGGGCAGCCGCCGCUGGAACCUCUUCGGGAGCAGCGGCCGGAGCAGCCCUGGUCCCCGGAGGAACUUCAGCUCCCUGCGGAAAAGUUUUAGCUUCCGCCUGCGCCGGGGCCACGACCUGCGGCGCUCGGAUUCGGGGGUUCUGCUGCGCCCCCCGCGCCUCCGCACCAAGAGUGAGGGCGACGCCAGCUCCCUGCACACCUGCCCCAGCAAACGGGACCUGCUGUACCCGGAGCUGGCCCGGGCCGGGGGCAGACUUCACGCCGACUCGGGCCAAGCGGGGGGACUCUGGAAGCUCCUCACCAGCCGCUUCCGAAAGCGAGAGCGUGGCAGCACUGGUGGCCCGUGCCCCAAGGACCUCCACGGUGUGGCGGAGCCAGUUCUGCUGGGCAGUGGCCCGCUGCGGGCACUGGAUUCGUUUGUGAACAGCCAGGAGUGGACCCUGAGCCGCUCGGUGCCUGAGCUGAAGGUGGGCAUCGUGGGGAACUUGUCCAGCGGCAAGUCAGCCCUCGUGCACCGCUACCUGACCGGCACCUACGUGCAGGAGGAGUCUCCAGAAGGCGGCCGGUUCAAGAAGGAGAUUGUGGUCGAUGGUCAGAGCUAUCUGCUGCUCAUCCGGGAUGAAGGUGGCCCCCCGGAGCUCCAGUUUGCAGCCUGGGUGGAUGCUGUGGUGUUUGUCUUCAGCCUGGAGGACGAGAUCAGCUUCCAGACAGUCUACAACUACUACCUGAGGCUCUGCAGCUACCGCAACACCGCUGAGGUGCCCAUGGUGCUGGUGGGCACUCAGGAUGCCAUCAGCGCCACCAACCCGCGGGUCAUCGACGACUCUCGGGCUCGGAAGCUCUCCAACGACCUGAAGCGCUGCACCUACUACGAGACCUGUGCCACCUACGGGCUGAACGUGGAGAGGGUCUUCCAGGACGUGGCUCAGAAGGUGGUGGCUCUCCGAAAGAAGCAGCAGCUUUCCAUCGGCCCCUGCAAGUCCCUGCCCAACUCCCCCAGCCACUCAUCCGUCUCCGCAGCCUCCAUCCCUUCUGUCCACAUCAACCAGGCCACCAAUGGUGGAGGAGCCUUCAGUGACUACUCCUCCUCCGUGCCCUCCACACCCAGCAUCAGCCAGCGGGAGCUGCGGAUCGAGACCAUCGCUGCCUCCAACACGCCCACCCCCAUCCGCAAGCAGUCCAAGCGGCGCUCCAACAUCUUCACGUCUCGCAAGGGCGCAGACCCGGAGAGGGAGAAGAAGACUCCAGAGUGCAAGGCGGACAGCAUCGGCAGUGGGCGUGCCAUCCCCAUGAAGCAGGGCAUUCUCCUGAAACGCAGUGGCAAGUCUCUGAACAAGGAGUGGAAGAAGAAGUAUGUGACGCUGUGUGACAACGGAGUCCUCACCUACCACCCCAGCCUGCACGACUACAUGCAGAACGUCCAUGGGAAGGAGAUCGACCUGCUGAGAACCACGGUGAAGGUCCCAGGCAAGCGGCUCCCCAGGGCCACUACGGCAGCGGCACCCAGUGCAAGCCCCAAAGCCAAUGGGCUGGCCAAGGAGAGGAGCAGCACACAGCUGAGUGGGGGCACAGGUGCUCCCCACUCGACCAGCAGCACCUCCCUGCACUCUGAGCGCUCCAUCAGCGGCAUCAACCUGGUGGGCUUCAGCUCCAAGCCAGACGGCAUGCACCAGCGCUCCUACUCUGUCUCCAGUGCGGACCAGUGGAACGAGGCCGUGGCUAUCCCUGGCAGCUGCCCUAACCCCUCUAACGGCACUGCUGACUCUCUCAGCUCCAGCCCCAACAUUUCCAGCGCUGCCAGCCCGAAGCUGGAGCCGCCCCCAUCACCACAUGCCAACAGGAAGAAGCAUCGCAGGAAAAAGAGCACAGGGACUACUCGGCCUGAUGGCCCCAGCACGGCCACAGAAGAACCAGAUGAGCCAUUUGAGUUCAUUAUCGUGUCCCUGACGGGCCAGACAUGGCUCUUCGAGGCCUCAACAUCAGAGGAGAGAGAGCUUUGGGUCCAGGCCAUCGAAAGCCAGAUCUUGGCCAGCUUGCAGGGCUGUGAGAGCAGCAAAAACAAGGCGCGGCUGGGCAGCCAGAGCGACGUGCAGGCCAUGCAGGCCGUCCGCACCGCCCGCGGCAACAGCUUCUGCGUCGACUGCGAUGCGCCGAAUCCUGACUGGGCAAGUCUGAACCUUGGCUCCCUCAUGUGCAUUGAGUGCUCAGGCAUCCACCGCAACCUGGGCACCCACCUGUCUCGUGUGCGCUCCCUGGACCUGGACGACUGGCCCAGCGAGCUCCUCAUGGUCAUGACAGCCAUAGGCAACGCCCUGGCCAACGCUGUCUGGGAAGGAGCUGUGGAAGGCUACCCCAAGCCCACCCCUGAGAGCAGUCGGGAGGAGAAGGAGCGCUGGAUCCGGGCCAAGUACGAGCAGAAGCUCUUCCUGGCUCCACUGCCACAGUCGGACAUCCCCCUGGGGCAGCAGCUGCUGCGGGCGGUGGUGGAGGAUGACCUGCGCCUCGUGGUGACGCUGCUGGCCCAUGGCACCAAGGAGGAAGUGAACGAGACCUACGGGGACGGCGAUGGGCGCACAGCGCUGCACCUGUCCUGUGCCAUGGCCAACGUAGUCUUCACACAGCUGCUCAUCUGGUACGGGGUGGACGUGAAGAGCCGAGACGCUCGGGGCCUGACCCCGCUGGCUUACGCCCGGCGAGCCGGCAGCCAGGAGUGCAUCGACAUCCUGCUGCAGCACGGGUGCCCCAGCGACAGUGCCGUCACCACCCUGACCCCCAGCCUGCCGCGCCGCAAUGCCAACGCCAACAACAACGCCUGCUCCGGGGGGCUGGCGGACCUCCGCUCCAGCCCCAGCCCUGUCUAGCUCCUCACAGGCCUCUGCUCGUCACACAGCCGCCUUCCAGCCCUGCCAGGGGAUCAGGGCCACAGGAGUGGGUCUGAGCCAGGCCUCCUGCUCUACUCAGCCUCACCAGGACCCCAGGAGGAGACCAGGAGCCAGCAGCCUGCUCCUCUGCACCGAUUCCUGCAGGCUCUCCCCAUGCAGCUGGAGUGGGGCUGAGCAGACCCAGCCUGCAGAGCGGCUGCCCCAUUGCCACUGGGGUGGGGGCCUGCAGGACACUGUUCUCCUGAUCGGUACAGGGGGAGAAGAGGCAGAUUCUCUGUGCCCCCACCACACGUGUAGAUAAUGAAGGGGUUGGAGGCAGUUUGGCCUGUAGCCUCCUCUGCACAGCUGGUACUGGGGAGGACAAUGGCUGCACCUGUUCUCCCAAACUGGGGCAGUGGUGGGCACAGUGCUCAUGCCCCCACUCCCGUAUUGGCCUGGCCAUGCACCCCGGUACGGUGGGGAGGCAGAGGCAGCAGUGUCUGUGUUUCUCCCCUCUGCCCCUCGCUGCUUCUAGCCAGCACAGGGAGUGCGCUCGCUGGCACCGCUGCCCACGCACUGAUGACAAGGGAGCGUCUCCCUGAGGCAGCCCCUGGACAAAGACCCCUCCUGCCUCCCUGGUGACCUAGAGGAGGAAGAGGGUGGUCACCCCGGGCCCCCCAGCUGUGUCUGUGUGUCUGUAGAGUUGCUGUCCUUCCAGGUUCAAGCCCCAAAGCCAUACACAGUGUCUCCAUCAGUGCCUCGCCGCUGUCUGCCGCCGCUGCCCAGGCGGGGCUGGUCUCCGGCUGCGCAGGAGGAGGAGGAGGCGAGCAGCCUCCUCCCCUCGGUGUGGGGCCAGGACUGCAGCUGAGCGCUGGACCCCCGAGGCUUUGGAUGCUGCUGUGGAACGUCUCUGUCACUUGUGUAUAAAAUGUACAUUGGAAAUAUUUAUAUGGACACUCUGUAUAUACUGUUUCUCUGCCAUGAGUCGCCUGUGUGUGUUAUCUGCAGCCAAGGAGAUAAAGGCCAAUAAAGCAACCCCCCCCCUCCUGCCAGGCCA